UGAAACAAAAAUUACACGUAUAAUCCUCCGUUCAAAAGGAUCUGAGUGAUACCACUUUACUUCCUUCUUCGUCUUCUUUCUGUUUAUUGAAAAUUAAAAUUAAUGACGCAGAUUUGAAAACACGCAAACUCACUGAACAAUAAAGCAUAUAAAAACUUAUUAAACACUGAAAAAUUUGGUUAGUUAAUUCAUCUCUUUGUGUGUGCUUGUGUUUUCAACAAUGGCGGAUCGGAAGAAUGAAGGUUUUCUCACCUACGCUUAUCUUCUUAUCUACAUUGCUCUCUCCAGCGGUCAAAUUUUCUUCAACAAGUGGGUUUUGUCCUCUAAGGAAAUUAACUUUCCUUAUCCUUUGGCAUUGACUCUACUUCACAUGGUCUUCUCAUCUGUUGUAUGUUUUGUAUUAACCAAAGUUCUAAAGGUUUUGAAGGUUGAGGAAGGAAUGACUCCUGAAAUAUAUGCCUCUUCUGUUGUGCCAAUUGGAGCCAUGUUUGCAAUGACACUUUGGCUUGGAAAUACUGCCUACCUGUAUAUUUCUGUUGCAUUUGCACAAAUGCUGAAGGCAAUUAUGCCUGUAGCUGUUUUUGUGCUUGGAGUAGCUGCAGGACUCGAGGUGAUGAGCUGCAGAAUGCUUUUUAUCAUGUCAUUGAUUAGUUUUGGAGUUCUAGUAGCUUCUUAUGGUGAGAUAAAUAUAAACUGGAUUGGAGUAGUUUACCAAAUGGGAGGUGUUGUUGGUGAAGCUCUAAGACUUAUCUUCAUGGAAAUUUUUGUUAAGAGAAAGGGUCUUAAGUUGAAUCCUAUAUCCGUCAUGUAUUAUGUUAGUCCCUGCAGUGCACUUUGUUUAUUCCUUCCAUGGAUAUUUCUAGAGAGAUCGAAGAUGGAGGACCAUGGAACAUGGAACUUCCCACCUGUUAUACUUAUCCUCAAUUGCCUUUGCACUUUUGCUCUAAACUUAUCAGUAUUCCUUGUGAUUUCACACACAAGUGCUUUAACCAUUCGUGUUGCUGGAGUUGUUAAGGAUUGGGUGGUUGUCUUACUGUCUGCUGCUCUGUUUGCUGACACAAAGUUAACAAUCAUCAAUUUAUUUGGCUAUGGAAUUGCCAUUGCAGGUGUAGCAGCAUAUAAUAACUUCAAGUUGAAAAAGGAAGCGACUCCUGACUCCUCAAAUGCUUCUGAGCUUGUUGAAUCUACCCCAAGGCAGGAGUCUCAGCCUUUAAUAAGUAGAUAGCAGCAGCCUGAAGUACUCAAUUUGUUCAUGCCCUACGGGAACAUAUAGUAGAUAGCAACACAGUUCGCAGAUAGUGUAGCAAGAAUGCAUCAAAUGUUCAUGUAAUAGAUAUAGGUAUAAACAAGCGUUAUGGAGUUUCUUCAAUCUUAUAAACAAUUCAGUCGGGAAAGUAAUGCGCAGAAUCAAGUGUAAUAUGUGUAGAUGUAAUACACAAACUUUGUCCUUUCAAACACAGGUGCUAAGCCAUGGCAUUUGAAUUUUGAGGACUCUGAAGUUAUCCAGAGUGAUAAUUUUUUAAAGCAAUUUGCCAGUUUCAAUCUUAGUAUGAUUGGGCCUUGGGCUGGUGCCAGGGGUUUUUGUACUGCAUUCAGUCGCACAGAUGAAAACUUUGGAAGGUUAUUUUGAUUUUUUAAAAUGUAUUUUGAUAGUGAUUGGUUCAUUGUUGGAGACGUUUACUACUCCAUUACUGAGUCUCUAAGGGGAGACAGGUGUUGAUCAAAAGUUAGAACGAAUGUUUCAUUCUAUUCCUAUACUACAUGUAUUUGAAGAAUACUUGUGUUUUGGCAUCACUGUUUGAUCUUUUUUUGCCUAUAUGAUUUACUGUUUAUAACUUUGUGAUAAAAGCUAGUGUUGCCAUAUAUCAGAAGUAUACUAUGGCUUAAUUAACAUCUGAAUUCCAAA